AUGCCCGCUCCAGAUAAUGCGUGGAGAACGACUGCGCUCUUGGCGUUAUCGCAGUUGCACAGCUCAGGCUCCUUGGCUGACGCGACAUUUGAGAUCAUCGCGUCGACGUAUUCCGUACGUGUCGCAUCACAAGAGACACGUGAAGUGCCGCUGAAAUGGGAGAACUGGCAGGAUCUAGCGUUCAUUCUGGAGGGCCCGUUCCGAUGGAGAUGGGAGACGUACCAACUCGGACCGAAAUCAUCCGCCGACAUACUCUCGAAGCACCUGAUAAUGCCGUUGAUCAGCGUCACUCAUCUCGCGUUCGCCUCUGCAGAUCCCGUCUCUGAACUUUCCGAGGCGGACCUACAAGGUGCAAUUGAUAAGACAGCGCGAACAGCCAGGAGGACAGGUAUAGAUACGCAUGUUAAGCAUGCUAUGUCUAAACCCGGAAUGGCUAGUGCUAUAUCUCGCAUCACCGCCUUGAUGAACGGAUCACAGUCCCCUCCGAACAUUACGUUAGAUCCUGAACUUCCUCAGAUUAACGUGCCAUCUAUGCCACACGUGCCAAAAUCGGUGCCAAAGCAGCGCGAGGCUUCUCCCGAUGUCGAGAUGAUCGGCGAACCCGUUCCCGACUCUUCGCGCCAUACACCCGAAGUACAGCAUCGCGACAUCCGGAAGGACUCGCCACCGGCUGCAGUACAAUCCGAGACCGAAUCAGAGGACGAAGAGUCGCCAGUUCGGCCCGUCGACCCCAUGGAAGACGUUCGUGACGGUCCGACGCCUGCGAUCCAACCCGCCGAUGUCCAUCGGGAGGAGUCCGGUCCGAAUACUCAGCACUCAGACGCGGAUUCGGAUUCCGUCCGACCCCCUUCACGGCCUCACAAGAAGCCGAGGUCGGUGACAAGCUCGUCCGACGAGGAAGAUGCCGGUGGCACCCGGCGUGGCGGGACCGCUCAAAGAGCAAGCGCAACAGGGGUAAGACGAGGCGCAAGACAACCAUUGAGACGAGGUGCAAAGCGAUUCUGA